AUGCUUAAUAGCACCGUAUUCCGAUACUUUGAAUGUGUCCAAAAUAUCAAAAAAUCAAAGUUUCUCCCUCUAGAUGAGAAAAUUACAAAGACAUAUAACAACGAAUCAUUUACACUAGAUCGACAAAAUUCUGAAGACAAAUCGUGCUAUUUAGCUCAAAAUCAAGAAGGGAAGGAUUACAAUAUUCAAAUUAUCAAGUGCUCUGCUUCAAGUCUUAUGCUAUAUGAGUCAAGGCUCCAAGAACUAUGACCAUUGGUUGAGCAUUUGCCUGGAAUUACUAAAAAAUAUGCAAUUGAUGAAGAAAAUUUCGUCCUCAUUUGAGAAGUUCGGCGAUUUCUGUCUUUAGAAGACUGAAAUUCGCACAAAACAAAUAGCAGUAUUCCAAGAGAUUUAAGAAAUAAAGCCAUUAUUUAUCCUGAAGUGAUCAUUAGGGCUGUUCAAGAUUUAAUAAGUCAGAUUGCGACUGCACAACGGCUGGGGAUCACAAUUAAAAAUAUUUCUCCGGAAAAUAUUUAUAUGGACCUUAAUGAGUCUCCUAUAAGGCCAGCUUUAAUUUUGGAUGAAGGGGUUGGUAUUGAUGUAAAGAUCGACGUUAUAAAUGAGAGAUCUUUGAAGUAUCAAUUUCCUUUAGAUCCAGCAAUUUAUCCAUUUGCACAAACUGAAAUUAUUGAUUUCUGAGGGUUAGGGGUAUGCUUGUAUUCAGCUUUAACUCAAAAAAUAUCAUCUCAAAUACCGGAAUUUGUAGCAAUGGAAGAAGAAGUUAGAUCUGAUACAAUUUUAAGUGAAAAUUAUGUACCUGGAUUAUCAGAGCUUAUUGCUGAGUUUAUAUCAGAGAACUGUAAUAAUGUUUCUGCAGAGGACAGACUAUUUUCUCCGCUCAUGAGAAGCUGGCUUCAUAUGUUUAAAAAUACAAAUUCUUUGAUUUCUUUUGAAGAUUUAGAGCCAAAAGCUGUUUUGUCAGGUUUAUAUUGUAAAGAUGGAAAUAUCAUAGAAACUACUUUACUCUCCCUUUCAUGAUCGAAAAAAAAUCUUUUUGUCGCAUAUGGAAGAAGUCAAAUUUUUAAAUAAAUACGAAUUUGAAACUAAAAAGGUAUAUUUAAUAGAUAAAUUUAUAUUUUAUAUGGUAUACUGCUUCAAAUUGAUUAAUAGUUGAUAAAAUAAUCAUUAUUUAUCUAUCAAAAUAUUUUAUAAAAAAAAUUGUUAUUAUUAAAAAAUUUUUGCUUUUCUUGAAGGGAUAAUUUCCAAAAAGAUGAAUUUUUCAAAUAGCUGUAAUCUCUCAUAGAGGGGGUUAGAAAUUUUGCUUCUUAAAGACGUACGCAUUGAAAGACUUCUAAGCAAAGAGACUGUAAUAAGAAAGUUCAUUGAAACUUUAGCAAAUUAUAAGCAAUACAAAGGAAAACCAGAACUUUUAACAAACGCAUAUAGCUCGAUGUGUAUUUUAAUGAAAAAGUACCCUUGGAUAAAGCAUGAAGCAGGAAAGUUGAAACUAUAUCAUUUAUUGGAUAAUAAAGAAAAUCUUGCUUUCCCUGAUGUAAGGAAAAAGAUUAUUAAUUUCAUACAAAAGUUAUGCAAAAAUAAUACUCUUACAGGUCUAAUAACCAUAAAGCAUAAUAAAGUAUUGAAAGAAUUGAUUUAUACACAAUAUUCAGAAGAAUCAUCUGAACUUCUGAGUUUUCUGCCUCUAUGUGGGAAAUCAGGCGUAAAAAAUAUGCAAAUGCAUAAAGAUUACAAGGUUUACCCUAAAAGAUCUGAGCUGUUAUUAGCAAUUUCUAAUAUUCCUAUAUUUUUUAAAAGGCAAAGACCAGAAGUUUUACUCCGACUGAUAAUCUCCAUAAUGCAGGAUUCCAAAGAAAAAGAAGAUGCUGAGUUCAAUUAUUGUUUCCAAUAUGCCCUAGAAGCAAUUUUUGCAAUCCUUUAUGGUGGAUCUCAUUUUCAUAAGAAAAACAACAACAUAAAAUGCUGCAAACUUGUAAACCUUCACCACAGCUACAAUGUUUUCCCAUUAUUUGUAAAAUGCUUAACCUGCAGCGAAUAUUUAUGUAUAUCAUGUGGAAUGUCUCAUAAAGAUGAAGGCCAUGCUUUCAAGUUUGUGCUUUAUUCUUUGACCCAAAAUAUAACUUGUCAAUGCCACCAGCCACACAAUAAAGUUGAUUUGCCACUAAUUCCUACUGAGUUCAAUCAAAAGCAUAUUGAGCUGUUCAUGACUGGGGGGAAAUUUAAAAAUGAUACAUUUUAUACUGAGGAUAAUAGCGAUAAAAUGACAAUAACAAGCUCUAAUGAAAUAAUAGUUUUUAACGAUGAUGACCAGCCUAUGCCUGUUUUAUAUUUUGAAGUGGAAAUUAAAUGCGCUGGAAAAAGCGAAAAUAUUUCGAUUGGCAUAGACGAGACUGAUGUCGUAUAUAAAGGAAAUAAUGGAAACAUAAUGCUUGGGGAUGAAAUAAUUGAUAAAGGCCCGCGGUUUGGAUCUAAAGAUACAAUAGGCAUUGGAAUCACCUCUGGGUAUAUAAUUUAUUUUACUUAUAAUGGGUAUAAUUUGCAUACAUACAUUGAAUGCAAACCUAUUAGGGCAGUAAGGCCUCUUGUGAUCAUAAAGGGAAAAGGUAUUCGUGCUCAGGUGAAAUUUGAUAAUUUUCUAUUUAGCUCUCAAACCUACCAAGUGAUUUCAGAUCAGAUGCAAUGCGAUUUAAGACACAACAUAGAGAGUUGGGCCAGAUUUUACAGUUUGAUAUUGAAGGAAAAACUAAAUGCUGAUCAAAAUUUGGAAAAAAUAAAAAACAUAUUGAAAGAUUUCAGCAAGAGUAUGCAAAUUAUUCAUCCUCCUUUGGAAAGUUACAGGAAGAUUAGUGAAACCACUUCAUGCAAUAAAAAUUGUAUUUUGCUGUAA